AUGGAGUGGGCGAGGGCCGCCGCGGCGGGCGCGGGCGGCCUGGCACAACUGGGUAGCCUCUGGCACGGCCAGAGGUGCACCUGCCAAGUGGACCUCGGCGAGGGGUUCUCGGUUGACCGCGAGCUGCUGCGCCUGCUGGAGGGCCAGCUGCAGCGUUUCGGGCCGGCCAACCUCACUCUGCCAGAAAUCCCCGAUGUCCGCUCGCCUCGUCAGGGCCAGCGGGUGCUCGUCUCCUACGACGUGGCCCCGCGUGAGCUGCUCGGGCAUGAGCGGCUCUCGCGCGCUCGCGCGCACGAGGGCUCGUGGGUGGUCGCCACUCCCGAGCGCGAGAUCUACCUGGAGGACCUUCAAGACGGGAUCGAGAGCCUGGUGCCGCUCGGGCCGAUGGGUGGGCUGCCGUCUGGCUGGGGCCGCAGGCCGACGCACAUGUUCCGGGGCUCGUCCCAGGGCCCGCUGCAUCAGGCCGAGAGCUUGCGCCCGCAGGCGGAAGGUGCGGUGCUGGCGGAGCAGGGGCGGCGGGACCUCGGCCUAGGCGCUGCUCGGCCUGUGCACCUCCCCGCCAGUGCGCCGCCGCCGCUGGCGCUGGAGGGCGACCCCGCGACUGACGAGGGCGAGUGGCGCUUGAGUCGGGGAGAGGCGCGCUUGGGCGAGCGCAUGGGUGCCGCGGAGCUGGGCGCUGGCUGCCGCCGCGGCGAUCGAGGGGUAGCCCAGGAGGCCGCGUCGCUCACCACGACCACGGCCUUCGACGACUGGCCCAUCAGCGGGCCUCGGACGGCGGAGUGGCUCGCGCGCGAGAUCGCUCGACAGGAGCUGACGCCAGUGCGGAGGCACUUCUGGUGGCGCCAGCUGUUGGGCCUGGGUCCCAGCGACUGGGAUGUGGGGGAGCACGAGUCCCUCAGCUGGCUCUUCGAGUGUGCCCUGACUUACGACCAGCUCAAUUUCGGCAGUGACAGCGGCCACCUCGACAACGACGGGCUCUUCAUGGGCGAGGAGGGCCGGCACGGGCGCGCGCUUGUUGCGCUGGCGCUGGAGACUUGGAUCUCGCAGAAGUUGUCGGAGGAGAGCGCCGUGCUCAAGGAGCGCCGCAGGGCCAUGGAGGGGCGUUUCGCGCAGCGCGGAUCGGCGGCGCUCACGCCGUCGGGCUGCGGAGGCGUGGCUGCAGGCUGUGGCCAGCUUGGCCAGGGCCCAGGGCCUACUACUCUGUGCCGCCACCGCCCGGGAGCGUGGUCUGCGCUUCGGGGCUGCGGAUCCGGCUACGCCUGUGAUGGCGUCGUCGCCGGAGAGUUCGCUACCUACCAGCGUGGCAGGCUUGCCCUGCCGGCGGUCGGCAACCAGGCGAUCGACCUCGUCAGCUGCCUGCCCGACCACUACCAGAAGUUGCUGGAGGAGAGUGGCCGCGUUAUUCGGCUACCAGCAGCGUGUACACAGGACGUCGCGGCGAAGGCGAACGAGUUGGACAUCGCGAUGGAUCCCAUCUUGUCGAGGCCCUCGCCGACCUGGAGUUGCCAGCUUGUCAAAAGUUGUGGGUCAGCGAGGGGGACGUCGAACUGCUACUACCAGUUCCUGCUGCCAGUCGACCUGCGUGCCGACUUCGUGCUGCCGGCGAUGCCGCGUCGGGCGCGGCCGCGACGCUUGCGCGACCUGUUCCCUGCAGGCGCCGAGCUGGUGCACAUCCAGGUUCGCGUGGCGCCGAUGGGCUGGAGCUGGGCCGUGGCGCUCGUGCAGGCUGCAAAUGUGGAGCUGCUGCGGUCAGGGCCGUUGGGCUCUCGGCGCUGGCUCUGCAAUCGCCGCUGUGCGCCCGCCGUCGCCGGGCGCGAGCCCGCUGCUCUCCUGUGCAUCGACAACUUCGCCUCUUUGAGGGCCGUGAAGGAGGCAGUCCAGGUCGAUGGCGACUCGAUGGAAAGGCAGCUGAGGGGUCGUGGUCUGGCUACUCAUGACGUCUCCGGGCCGCAGGUCGACGUGGACCUCCUGGGCUUCCACUUCGACGGGGGGAAGGGCGCGAUCCACAUCGCGCCCAAGCGGUUCUGGCGGCUGGUCCUGAGUCUGGACUACAUCCUGACGCAUCCACUCCUGACGGGGGCCGAGCUGGAGAGGCUGAUCGGGCACCUGACGUACGUCCUCUUGCUGCGGCGCGAGAUGCUCAGCCUGCUCAGCGCCUCUUACAUCUUCAUCAGCAAGUGCUACGCUCGCACCUGGGCGCCUGGCGUCAUGGCCGUGGACGCGUCCCUGACGGGCCUGGGCGCUGUGGAGUGCGCGGCCGCCCCAGCCGAGGUGGGCCGCGUCGGGCGUGUGCGAGAGCGCUGGCGGUUCAAGGGGCGCGAGCUGUUGGCCGAGAGCUCGAGGGCGCGAUCCAUGCGAGAGGGCGCCGUGGGCGACUCCGCCUUUCCCGACGUGCCCGCCGAUUUAUGCAAGUCAUCUCUGUGGAAGACUGUGGCUUCGAGGCGCUGGCGGCACAAGGCUCCGAUCCAACUCCUGGAGGGCGAGGCGCUUCUCUGGGCGAUGUGGAGGCAGGUGCGCCGUGUGGCGCAUCGCGGCUGCCGGCUGCUCUUCCUGUCCGAUAGCAUGUGUAUCUGUUGUGCGGUCGCAAAAGGCACCGCGGCCGAGCCGCCGGCCGCGACGGCCUUGCCGUGGCACCGCCUCCUGGGCUCGAGCGUCUCGGGCCCGGAGCUGGAGACAGUGGGGCCACCGACGCAGCCGAACUACCUGCGCUGCCCCCGUGGCCUGUGCCGCUGGCUGGGUCUGGUGACGCUGCCCGACUGGAGCGCGCCGGAGGCGGCGAAGCCGCUGUCGGCGAUGCUGUGGGCGAGGCUGGCGCUGGGGCGACACCUGCGGGUGGUGCUGCCGCGGAGCAGCCGAGCGCUGCUCGGCAGGGGGCGCAAGCGACCAGGCCCCUCGCGCCCGUCGCCUCCCUGGCUCGUCCUGUGCGGAGUCCUGGACAUCCUGCUGCUGAAGGGCCAGGGGGCGCUGGCGUGCGCCCUCAGCGGGUUCCGCUGGGGGGCGCUGCUGCUGCAUCCAGAGGAGUUGCUGGUGCCCAUCAAGUCAGGCAAGCAGGGCGACUCGCGGCUGCUGGGCGCCCCCGAGCUCCUCUGGCGCACGCCAGCGCUGAGCGAGCGCAUGGCGCAGCUGGGGCCCCGCGCGCCGCUGUGGAGUUUCGGCUACGCGCAGCUGCGCGCGGAGUUCGAGGAGUCGCUGGCGGCGCUGGGCCUGCGAGGCCUCGGCGCCACGCUGCCCGGCUUGAGGCGUGGCGGGGUCAGUCCCGACAGGAUCGCGGGUCGCAGGUCGCAGGGGGAAGUGGCCAGGCGCGGCCGCGGGCAGGCCGGGCUCUGGGUUAUAAGAUGCGAGAGGCACGGGCGCUUGGCGCUGCCGGUGGAGAAGGUGCCGCCCGUGGCGCAGCAGCAGCUGCGCCUGAGCAUGCAGCGACUGCCCGGCCUGUCCGGGCUCAGCUCCACGCGACGCUCAACCGAGUUCGCCUGGGCAGAGAACGAAUCGCCGUCGAGGACCUGCGGCGCAGACAUUGUGGAUGUGCUUCCCAGUUUUUACCAGGUCUCCCUCGGCGUGACGGGGGCCAUCACUCGGCUGCACGAGCAGAUCGGCGGCGCGCACGCCUGGCUCACCCAGAUCGAAGGCAGGAGGCUGUUCUACCUGUUCUCGCCGUCCGAGGCCAGGAACACCUGCACCGUCGAGUGCAGCUCCGGGCGGGGACAGCCCGGCUUCGCCCGGAGGGUCGCCCUGGUGGACGUGAUGUCGCCCAGCGCCAAGAGGCAUCCUGGCUUCGCGGACGCCAGAGCGCAGAUGGUCAUCCUCUACAUGGGGCAUACGUUGCUGGUGCCCGCCGGGUGGUCGUGGUACUCGGUCGCGCUGGAGCCCUCGGUGACUCUCUAUCACCCCUUCUGGAAUUUGGAGAACAGGGCUUUCUUCACCGAUGGUUUCAGGCAGUACGUCGACGUCUCUGGGCUUCCUGUGCACCUGAUGGACCGCGUCCAGCCCUCCCUCGACCUGAUCAAAGAUCAUGUCGAGGGCGACGACGAUUCGGACCUGGACGUCUGA